GCACUAUUUUUCAUAGAAAUUUACACCUAUUAUAUUAUUGUAUCAUCUUCUCGUUUCUAAAAUCUUAUUGCGCAUAAUAUGAGGAGAUAUCUUACACUUCAUCUUUGAUGAAGACAACACAAUUUUAACUGCAAGAUUUAUUCAAGGAAGCUUUAGUUAUUUUGCUGAAUUAUGGCAUGCAGCAUAAAUUAAAUAAUGUUUACCAUGUGAAACUAAACUGCAUUAAUGACUAACUUGAGUUUCUGUGGAUAAUGUCUUUUCUCAAGCCUCCAGUCGCAUGCAAAAGAAAAAAAAAGAACUUUUGGUUUAAACUAAAUUGAUGAUUUUUUAUCAAUUAAAAUACCUUUAAAUGGCUUCUUGUAAAAAUUUUAAGCUUUUGCCAUGGUAUGCAUACCUAUGUGGUUUAAGGUGUUCUUUUCCCUUAUCCUUGUCUUCUGUGAGAGAUUAGAGUUUGGUCUUAUUUUAAACAGGUGGCUGCAUGGAGAGAUGAUGAUGGAGAUUGGUAUGAGACAGGCCUACAUAUAUUCUUCGGAGCUUACCCAAAUGUGCAAAACUUGUUUGGAGAACUUGGCAUCAAUGACCAGCUGCAAUGGAAGGAGCAUUCUAUGAUGUUUGCAAUGCCAAAUAAACCUGGAGAGUUCAGCCGAUUUGAUUUUCCAGAAGUUCUACCUGCACCCAUAAAUGGGAUAUGGGCCAUUUUGAAGAACAAUGAAAUGCUGACUUGGCCUGAGAAAGUGAAGUUUGCAAUAGGACUCUUACCAGCAAUGCUUGGUGGACAACCUUAUGUUGAAGCCCAAGAUGGUUUAACUGUUAAAGAGUGGAUGAAAAAGCAGGGCAUACCUGAUCGUGUGACUGAUGAGGUGUUUAUUGCCAUGUCAAAGGCACUGAACUUCAUUAACCCCGAUGAACUUUCAAUGCAAUGUAUAUUGAUUGCUUUGAAUCGAUUUCUUCAGGUGUGGUUCCCUUGUUUGGCCCACUGGUUUUAUAUUUAUAACUUCAUUAUGUUGGAUUCAGAAUCAGCAACAAAAUCAUCAAAUGAUCCAUGGUUGAAUUGUACUUGAAACAGAAACUUAUGCCAUACGUCAACGGUAGUGACAUUAUUUGUGUCCCAAAGGAAUCUAUAAAUAUGAAACUUGGACACCUCGAUUAAUACAUCAUUAUUAGAUCGAGCAACAGACAGG